GGGAGGAAGUGUUUUUUUUUAUUUUUUAUUUUUUAUUAUUCUAUCUGAAAUAGAGGGAGGGAGAGAGAGAGAGAGAGGGCCACAAAAUCUGCUCUAUCUUCGUCUUCUUCUAUACUUUCCAAUUUCCCUCUCUUCUCUGCUCUCAUCGCCCUCACCAUAGCCCAAUCCAUCAAGUUCUUCACUUCCUGAAAAUACAGAGAAGAAGAAGAGAAGAAACAUAGGAGUGGUGGAGCAGAUUUGUGUAUAGAAGAAGAAGACAGAUCUACACAGAGGAAGACAAAGGAAGAAGAAGAACAAAAAAAAAAGUAAUAUAAAAAAGGUACCAAAACGACGUCGUUUUGGUACCUCGAGCCAUUCGAGCCUCGCUGGAUUCGAGCCACCUAACGGGAUUGAAAAAAAAAAACUUGGUGAUUUUCCUUACCUUAUGCUAGGAUGAAAAAUAAAAUGUCAAAUGGAAAAUGAAAAAACAAUUUUUGGAAGAACCGAGCACAGAACUUCGAUCUGUGGAGACCAUCGCGAGGCCCAGCCCAGCGAGACCGAUUGAUUUUUGUUAGGAAACCAAUUGUUUCCUAACAAUUCACUUGCAGAUCCACGCACCCAGCACUUUCAGGAUAUGAUUUGGUCUGGUACCAUGUCCGAAUAGUUGCUGGCUAUAUAAUUCGAAUGCUUCUUGGAGUGCAUUAAGAAGCUGGGGCAAUUAUGGGGUGCCUAAAUCAGCAGUCUGGUGACAGUGCAUUUCUUGGAGAACCCAAGGACUGUAUUAGGCCUUCUAGAGGUGGUUUAGCAUGUAUGGUGAAUUCAGAAAUUGGCGCAGUUUUGGCUGUGAUGAGGAGAAAUGUAAGAUGGGGAGUUCCUUAUAUGGCAGAUGAUGAUCACCUAGAGCAUUCUCUUAUCCAAUCUUUUAAGGAACUACGGAAACAAAUUUUCUCAUGGCAAAAUCGGUGGCACACUAUAAAUCCAGUCCUGUAUCUCCAGCCUUUCUUGGAUGUGAUUCAAUCUGAUGAAACUGGUGCACCAAUCACUGGUGUUGCUUUGUCAGCUAUUUACAAAGUUUUAACACUUGACAUACUUGAUAUAGAUACUGUGAAUGUAGAUGAUGCUUUGCAUCUGAUAGUUGAUGCUGUGACAAGCUGCCGGUUUGAGGUGACUGAUCCUGCAUCUGAAGAAGUGGUACUGAUGAAAAUACUACAGGUUCUCUUGGCUUGCAUGAAAAACAAGGCAUCGGUUAAAUUGAGUAACCAGCAUGUAUGCAACAUAGUAAAUACUUGCUUUCGGGUAGUUCAUCAAGCUAGCUCUAAAGGUGAAUUGUUGCAGAGGAUCUCACGCCACACCGUGCAUGAACUGAUUAGGUGCAUUUUCUCACACCUGCCUGACAUCGACCAUGGAGAACAUGCACCACCUCAGGGAGGCAGUUCGUACAUUAAGGAGGAGGUGGGCGCAUCAGAUGUGGAUCACACUUCCAGUAAUAAACAACCAAAUAAUGGUGUUGUCAUUGUGGAAAAUAAUGGUCUGCCACCUUCAGUUGGAUUUGUGGUUUCAUUGGAAGAAAGUGCACCUGAGGAAGUUGCCCAGGGGAAGGAGGCUACUACUCAAAAUGGAGGGCAUGUUUUGACGGAGCCCUAUGGUAUCCCAUGCAUGGUUGAUAUAUUUCACUUCCUCUGUUCUCUUUUGAAUGCAAUGGAACACUUUGAAAUAGGUCCAAGGUCAAAUCCCAUAGCCUAUGAUGAAGAUGUUCCUCUAUUUGCAUUGGGUUUAAUCAAUUCUGCUAUUGAAUUGGGUGGGGCGUCUUUUGGCCGACACCCCAAGUUACUGGAGUUGAUACAGGAUGAACUGUUCCAUAAUUUGAUGCGGUUUGGGUUGUCAAUGAGUCCACUGAUUCUUUCUACUGUAUGUAGCAUUGUUUUCAAUUUGUAUCAUCAUCUGCGUACCAAGCUGAAACUACAGAUUGAAGCUUUCUUCUCUUGUGUGCUCUUGAGAAUUGCACAAAGUAAGCAUGGAGCAUCAUACCAACAACAGGAGGUCGCUAUGGAGACUCUUGUUGACCUGUGCAGGCAGCAAGCAUUUGUGGCUGAGAUGUAUGCCAACUUUGAUUGUGAUAUAUCCUGCAGUAAUGUGUUUGAAGACCUUGCCAACCUGUUAUCAAAAAGUGCAUUUCCAGUGAAUGGCCCUCUAUCUGCAAUGCAUGUUCUUGCUUUGGAUGGUCUGAAUGCGAUGAUUCAAGGUAUGGCUGACAGGAUAGGCAAUGAUUCUCCAGCUCCAGAACAAGCUGCUUCAUCAGAUCUUGAGGAAUACAAUCCAUUCUGGACAGUGAAAUGUGAGAACUAUGAUGACCCUAAACAUUGGGUUGCAUUUGUCCAUAAGAUGAAGUUCAUCAAGAAAAGGUUGAUGAUUGGAGUCGAUCACUUCAACAGGGAUCCAAAGAAGGGUUUAGAAUUUCUCCAAGGAAUGCAUCUGUUGCCUGAUGAACUUGACCCCAAAAGUGUAGCAUACUUCUUCAGAUACACGACUGGGUUAGAUAAGAAUCUUGUCGGAGAUUUCCUUGGAAAUCAUGAUGAAUUCUGUAUUCAAGUGCUUCAUGAAUUUGCUGGGGCAUUUGAUUUCCAAGGCAUGAAUUUGGAUACUGCAUUGCGUGUUUUCUUGGAAAAUUUUCGAUUGCCUGGAGAAUCUCAGAAGAUACAGAGGGUGCUAGAGGCGUUUGCGGAGAGAUAUUACGAGCAAUCACCACAUGUUCUGGCCAACAAAGAUGCUGCACUUUUGUUGUCGUAUUCACUCAUACUGCUCAACACAGAUCAGCAUAAUGCACAAGUCAAGAGGAAGAUGACUGAAGAAGAUUUUAUCCGCAACAAUCGGCGCAUAAAUGGAGGGAAUGAUCUCCCUCGAGAGUAUCUCACCGAACUUUACCACUCUAUCUGUCGGAAUGAGAUCCGGAUGAACACAGAGCAGGGUGUUACUGGUUUUCCUGUUAUGACACCAAGCCAUUGGAUUGGUCUAAUGCACAAGUCCAAACAAACUGCCCCAUUUGUCAUAUGUGAUAAUUCCGGAGCACACCUCGACUAUGAUAUGUUUGCUAUAUUGUCAGGUCCCACAAUUGCUGCUAUCUCAGUGGUUUUUGAUCACGUGGAGCAGGAAGACAUUUUACAAACUUGUAUUGAUGGGUUCUUGGCCAUUGCUAAAAUUUCGGCUUGUUAUCAUCUUGAUCAUGUUUUAGAUGAUCUGGUUGUAUCUCUUUGCAAGUUCACAACCCUCUUAGGUCCAUUAUCUGUGGAAGAAUCUAUUAUUGCUUUUGGGGAUGACACUAAAGCUAGGAUGGCAACAGUAGCCGUUUUCACCAUAGCAAAUAGGUAUGGUGAUUUUAUUCGUUCGGGUUGGAAAAACAUUCUAGAUUGCAUUUUAAGCUUGCAUAAGUUAGGCUUUCGCCCCCCUCCUCUGGCCAGCAACACGGCUGGUGAUUUGGAACCCUCAUCCGAAUCAGACCGAGGGAGGCCCGCCACAAGUUCUUCUGCACCACCAUCUCGCAUGCUAUCGGCAACCCCAUCUCGGAAAUCUUCUGGUCUGAUGGGGCGGUUCCCAACUCUUUAUCUUGAUACCGAGGAGGAGCCUGUGGCCCAACCAUCUGAAGAACAACUUGCAGCUCAGCAGCGCACUCUUCAGAUGAUUCAGAAUUGCCACAUUGAUAGCAUAUUUACCGAAAGUAAGUUUCUGCAAGCUGAGUCCCUAUUACAGCUUGCUCAGGCUGUUGUCUUGGCUGCGGGGCGACGUCGUAAGGGGAAUAAUAAUGCUUUGGAAGACGAAGAAAUUGCGGUCUUUUGUCUGGAGUUGCUUAUUGCGAUCACGCUGAAUAACCGGGACAGGUUUAUGCUUCUCUGGCAGGGUGUUUAUGAGCACAUAGCUAGUGUUGUUCAGUCAACUGCAAUGCCUUGUGCUCUUGUUGAGAAGGCUGUGUUUGGGCUCCUCCGGAUAUGCCAGAGGCUGCUUCCUUACAAGGAAAACCUGACAGAUGAGCUUCUCAAAUCACUGCAACUGAUAUUGAAACUUGAUGCUCGGGUUGCCGAUGCUUAUUGCGAAAACAUCACGCAAGAAGUUAUGCACCUUGUAAAAGCAAACGCAAUGCAGAUAAGAUCCCAAAUGGGAUGGCGCACAAUCACUUCGUUGCUUUCAAUUACCGCCCGACAUCCGGAAGCAUCCGAAGCCGGAUUUGAGACACUAUCGUUUAUUAUGGCUGAUGGGGCUUACCUGUUACCGGCUAAUUAUGUUCUUUGUGUGAAUGCAGCUCGGCAAUUUGCUGAAUCUCGAGUUGGGCUUAUCGAACGUUCUGUUAGAUCGUUGGAUCUGAUGGCAGGCUCUGUUGUCUGUCUUUCAAAAUGGUCCUGCAAGUCAAAGGAAGCUCACGGGGAGGAGGAAGCUACGAAAAUGAAUCAGGACAUAGGUGAGAUGUGGCUGAGGCUGCUACAGGGACUGAGGAAAGUAUGUCUUGAUCAGAGAGAAGAGGUGAGGAAUCAAGCCAUUUUGUUGUUGCAGCGGUGCUUGACAGGGGUCGAUGGGAUCGUCGUCCUUCCGAAUGAGUUGUGGUUGCAGUGUUUCGAUCUAGUGAUAUUCACAUUGUUCGAUGAUUUACUAGAAAUUGCGCAAGAGAACUCUCCCAAGGACUAUCGGAACAUGGAAUCUUCCCUUGCUCUAUCGAUGAAACUCUCAUCCAAAGUGUUCUUACAGUUCCUGCACGAUCUCUCACAAUCGGCAUCUUUCUGCAAGCUAUGGCUAGGAGUUCUUAAUCGUAUGGAGAGAUAUGUGAAAGUGAAGCUCAGAGGGAAACGGAGUGAGAAGAUCCAUGAACUAGUUCCUGAGCUUCUCAAGAACACUCUGCUUGUCAUGAAGGCGAAAGGAAUUCUUGUGCCGAGUGAUGCCAUUAAUGGGGACAGUUUCUGGCAAUUGACUUGGCUUCAUGUGAAGAACAUAGCUCCAUCUUUGCAAGUUGAAGUGUUCCCGGGUAAUGAAUUGGAGCAGUUGCAUACAAAAACAGCGGAGUAGUCCUGUUUCUGAUGGGAAUUUGAAUUCAAUGUCUGGAAAAUUGUUCUCAGUUUGGCGGGUUGUAGUGAGAUUUUGUUUGGGAAAACUUGAAAUUGGCCUUAAAUUGAGGAGACCUGAAAUGGGGACACUAUGAUAUUUUUGCGGCUGAGAACCAAUAUCGGAAAUUUUUACCAAAUUAAAGAUUUGUAGAACCCUAAAUCUGCAGAAGUAGAGGGAAGUGGAACAGUACUAUAGUCUCAUCUUCUCCGAUUUGCAGUUUUUAUGUGCUUUCUUCGUCUUUUUUUGAUCUCCAUGGCUCUGAAAAGAGUUUGUGCUUUUUUGAGGUUGUUUGGUGCGAUGGGCUAUUUAAUCUGUCGUUUGGGAUGAGAAAAUGGUUCCCUGAAAUUUUGCAUCGGCAAAAAGACUAAUACUGAAUUUAAAGUAACCUAUUGAAACAUUUUUCAUUUUUCUUUGUAUAAAUAUAAAUAUUGUGUUACAUCUUUUGGUAUAUGAUACACUUCAUUCAUGGAUUUCUAAAUUUGUAUGAUUUAGGAAAUAUUUGUUAAUUAUGAUUGUAAUUUUUAUUUGA